GUCCCGCCUCCACCACCGGGCUUGGGGCGGGGCUUCCUGCAACCUUCGCCGCUCCAACAUGGCUCCGCGGCUGUGCAGCAUCUCUGCGGCGGCGCGGCGGUGGCUGGGGGGCUCCGGGCCCCGCGCCGGGGACGUUGCAGCUGCGGCGCGUUUCUAUUCCAAGGACAAUGAAGGCAGCUGGUUCCGCUCCCUCUUUGUUCACAAAGUGGAUCCCCGGAAAGAUGCCCAUUCCACCCUGCUGUCCAAGAAGGAGACCAGCAACCUCUACAAGAUCCAGUUUCACAAUGUGAAGCCCGAGUGUCUGGACGCCUACAACAGCCUGACGGAGGCUGUGCUGCCCAAACUGCACCUGGAUGAGGACUACCCCUGCUCGCUCGUGGGCAACUGGAACACGUGGUACGGGGAGCAGGACCAGGCAGUGCACCUGUGGCGAUUCUCCGGUGGCUAUCCAGCCCUCAUGGACUGCAUGAACAAGCUCAAAAACAACAAGGAGUACCUGGAGUUCCGAAAAGAGCGGAGCCAGAUGCUGCUAUCCAGGAGAAACCAGUUGCUUCUUGAGUUCAGCUUCUGGAACGAGCCACUGCCCAGAGCAGGCCCCAACAUCUAUGAGCUGAGGACAUACAAGCUCAAGCCAGGAACCAUGAUCGAGUGGGGGAACAACUGGGCUCGAGCUAUCAAGUACCGGCAGGAGAACCAGGAGGCAGUGGGCGGCUUCUUCUCACAGAUAGGAGAGCUCUACAUUGUGCACCAUCUCUGGGGUAGGUUGGGGACCUUCCAGGAGCCUUUUAUUAGUCCUUCCUCCACUGUCACUCUCUCAGUCCCCCUGGUGCGACACAUGGAGUCUCGGAUCAUGAUCCCCUUGAAGAUCUCUCCUCUCCAGUGAUGCUGCUGACACCUCCACCUCCUUCCCCUUCUGCCUCAAGGCAACCCAGACAGAGGAGCUCCUGGUCCUGCUGUCUUGGUUUACUCUUGGCUCUUGGGAGGACUGAGGGGCAGUGUUCAGCUAAGACAAGGGGGAACUGAAGGCUGACAAGGUUCUGAUGACAUAAAUCUCUGCCCAGACUCUUCCUGCCUUCCCCACCUGCCUCCUUUCUCCUGCUGGAAGUAGUUUCUAAUUUCCCUGAAUGAAGAAUAGCAAUCUUUUAGGUCUUCUUUAUCUCCUCCUAAGAUUCCUCAUCUCAAGACCAUCAGGCCCCAACGAUCAUCAUGGAAAUCCUUGGUUUAGCUUAGUUGCACAAAAGGUAGCAUGUUCAGUGGUUAGAGGUGGCCUGGGAAGAAAGGGGGUCAGGCCAGGCCCUUGGGGAUUCCCUGAUCUCCACUGGGCCACCCACUUGAUCGACAGUCUGAGCCAAGUCCCUCCUGCUGAGGAAAAGCCUGGAAUUGCCACAGAAACCCCUCAAAUCAGCAAGGUCCAAAGGAGGUCUGGACAUUCCACCCAGAGAUGCUGGGAAAAGUGAUGGGGAGCCAGGAAGGAUUUAGGCAAGAGACAGACAUGUAACAGGAAUGCAGAACAUAGAACUCAAGAAUUUAGAACUUUGGUUGGAACUGCAGAAUUUGGAAUUUGGAACAAAGAAUUGGGAAGGUAGAACAAAGGUGACAGAAUACCAUUUGGGGUAUACUAAAUAGAUGGAGAGUGGCUUGUCAGUUUCUCCCUACAUAUAGGAGUUGAGAACUGGAAUGUGUAGUUCAGUCCUUCUGUGCAGGGAGACUCUCCUGCCCUCCAUCCUUCCUAAAGGCAGAAGUACAGGCCAGGGCCUGUAUUUCCCACAUCCUGCAUUCCUUCUCCCCCACUUGACAUUCUGUGAGCCCAACCCUCAUUCUACAGGGCCACCAGGUAUGUGGAGUGGAGUCAGUGACUCUGGGGGGGGGUCUUCUCAGUGACUCCCCAUACCUCAUGAACCUUUGGAUAGCUUGAUUCUGCCUCCCUUCCAAGAAAACUUGUGUUGAAAUUGCUGAUGGAACCGAUUAAAUAUUUACUAUAAA